CUUUUUUCUUGCAGAGCGACAGCGACCAUCGAACGUAGCGGAGCUCGAUCGUCCCGUGGUCCGCGGUGUGUGUAAUUAAGUGUAAGUGACACUUUCGCAGUGCGUUUCGCGGUUUUUGCAUUAAAACCCAAAGACACUUGCGUGCGUGUGCUUGUGUAAUUUAGUGUGUGUGUGCGCCCGGAAGUGUGUUGUCCCCUUCCCUUCGCUUUCUUCUUCCCUCCCCCCUUCUGUGCAGCGCUAGCACAAAGAGGUGUUUUUUUCCGCCAGCUCCUUUACCCAACCGCGCCCCGCCCACUGCAGAAGAGGGGUGGCGGGGUGACAGCAGCACUCCAUCCUAGCACUCCAACCCCCGGCUCCCUCCUUCGCCCGAAAGUCUCCGCAUGACUUUGAUACUGGUGCUGCUGUUUCUGAAGAACAUUUGCGUGUUUCUGAACAAGCUCGUGCUGCGGUGCUACAACUCCUUCCUGAUACACCCGCACCACCGCCAUCCGGACGGUGGCAAGUACGGCGGCUACGGUGGAGGCGGCGGCGGCGGUCUGGGUGGUGGCGGUGGAGGCGGCCACAGUGGCACGGCAGGGCUCGGGGUACGUCCGCGCCGCACCCGCCGCAACCGGGCGGAACUGAUGUACCAGCGGGACACCGGCGGGCUGGCGUACGGGGACCGAGCGACGCACUACUACAACAACAAUCACUAUUGAGAGAGGGGAGAGAGAGAGAAGGAGCGAUCCGUUCGGUAGGCAUGCAUGAGUGCUAGACCGCCGUCACCGCGUGCGCACCAGAGGGCUAGGGGAGGCGUAGGAGGAGGGGGAGUAGGAGGACGGUUCGGCGGCACGGCUAGAGCAGCGACGGAAGCGUUGGUGGGGACGGUGGCGGGGACAGGCGGUGACGAGGACGAGCUGAUGACGAUCAACGAAAACCGGAAUGUCGGCGGGGUUGGGGGCGGUGGCAUCGGUGGCCUUGGGCCCAGCGAUACCGACCCGAGCGCAAUAUCCGCCUCCAACUCGUCCCUCUCGUCAGCCUCCUCGUCGGAGGCCGGUUCGGUGCACUCCGACGGUGAGCAGCAGCAGCAGCAAUCGUUGCAGCUGCUAGAGGACGACGGGCCAGGGCCGUCCGGGCGGCAUCCGAUGGAUGCGACCAGCUCGUCGUGCUGCCCGGACGGCAGCUACGCGGGGCAGGACCAGGAGCGGCCGCUCGUGAACGGCUGCGAGGACCUGUGGAGCUGGAACAAGCGGGACCGGUCGAAGGAGGUGUGGCUGAGCCGGUCGGACAAUCGGCGCGUCUACUUCCACCCGAACUGGAGCAAGGGGACGGCCGGCAUUCGGGGUACGCGCGUCCUCAACAACGGCCGCUACUACUGGGAAAUCAGCCUAUCGCAGCGCGUCUUCGGCACGAGCAUGAUGUUCGGCAUCGGUACGAAGAAGGCCCGGCUGCACGUGAACAUGUUCACCAACCUGCUCGGCGAGGACCGGAACGGCUGGGGCCUUUCGCACAAGGGUCUGCUGUGGCAUGGAGGCGUCGCACGCAACUACACCAAGCGCUUUAAGGAAAAUCAACCGACCAAGAUUGGGCUCCUGUUUGACGGCAUUGCCGGUACGCUUACGUACUACAAGGAUGACGUCUGUCUCGGCAUUGCCUUCCGUGGGCUGAAUGAGGUCCGAGAGCCACUGUACCCGAUCGUAUGCUCGACCGCGGCCAAGACGGAGAUGCUGCUGUCGGAGACGCGCCGGGACUUUGUGAACCUGCAGGACCGGUGCCGGGCCAUCAUCAUCAAGCACAUUAACACGCGGGAAAAGCUGGACCGGCUGGCGCUGCCGUACUUCAUCAAGAACUAUCUGGCGGAGGCGGUCACGGAGAGCAGUGCGACGGUGACGCCGCUCGAGCUGCAUCUCAUCGAUCAGUAUCUGUACUGAGCGGUAGUGAGAGAGUAGUAUAAUUGAAACACCCGCAGCGUGGGUGAGCUAGUUUAUUGUUGGGUUUGGUAUUACUUUCUGUUUUUUUUCGAUGUAUCCCCAUUACAUACGUUCCUUACGUUAAUCCGGCUAUACCGAACUUAUGCUUAAGUUGUUAAACACUCUACACACGUACCGGGGUUUUUGGUUGCAAAUGGUACACAGUCAUUUUGCUAUGACGCAAGAGGUUCUAGUUAGGCAGCUAAGAUAGAGGGUCCCUUAACCGGAUUUAACGCCCUUUAGUGCGAAUUUAUCGUAUCUCUUUCAUUGCCUUACUCUUUCUUUUAGUAAAGCAUACGAGCCGAGAAGCGAGAGAAGGAACGGGGGCAGAACCAACACGUCGAUCCGUUCCGACGUGACAGCGAGUAACAUUCUAGUCAUUCUAGUCAGUCGGCCACAUGCGGCAGGGGCACAGUAGGUGAAAGUGUAAAAAAAAAAAGCGAAACCUUUACUGCUGCUCGCAUGCUGGCCCUGUACACAUACUAGUCGAAAGAGUGAGAGAGAGGCAAAGAGUCUCGCAUAGGCAAAGCAUUUAGAAGGUGUAGAAGCUUCAGCUGCAAAACUGCACCAAAUCGAACGAAAGCUGGGCUGGAAAGCUAGGUGGAAAAACAGGACAGGGCUCUCUGGUUCGUUCGGUUUGCUACCGUUCUGUACAUAUUUAUUUGGUGCAAGCUCUUGUGGAAAGGAAAGAAGACAGCACGAGCGGGGGCAGUAUAGUAUGAAGGCAAGACGUUGCGGAAGGAAAUGAAAAAAAGGAGAAUGUGGCAAAAUUUAGCAACCCGUUAAAUCGGGAAUUUAGGCAUUUAAGCUUUUCAGUAAAAAGGUACAGAGAUAUUGUGGUGGGGCGUGAGUGUUUGUCUGAGCUGUGUGUGUGUGUGUGUGUCUGGUGUGUGAAGAUGAAUGAUCGAAGGGGCGAGAACGCGUGAUUAAGUAUGUGUGUAUGAGGAAUUAAUGUUUCGAAAUUGGUGUGUGUGUUUUUUAAAAAAUAUUUUAACCUCUUUUCUGUGAGGAAUUAUUUUGUGUGAUUUUGUGAUGUGAUACGUAUUAUGUACUGGCUAGUCAUAAAAAGUCUUCAUUUGUGUAUUUAUGUCUUUAUGUGUAUUUUUAAAAUAUUUUUUUAUGUCUAUUUUUGUACCUGCAAAGACCACGGUUGGUGCUGUUAUUAAGUUCGUUCUAGUUUCCUAAUGUAAAUUUAACAUUUUUGAAUUUUAAACAUUAUCAUUUACAUUUUCCAAAAAACACAACCAAAGUGUGAAUGUGGAUCGAUCAAAAUUGUGCGACUGCGAAAAGAAGAUAAAAUUCGGUAACAAUUUUGUCGCGGAUAAACGAGCGUAAGGUAGUGGAAUAGUAGAAGAAGAAACCAAAAAAAAAACCAUGAAAACAAAACCAAAACCAAAAAAAUAAGAAAAGAAGGACUGCUUUUACGUUGAUGAUUAUGAUCUUCUGUUUCAAAAUUUAAGAAAAAAAUCGGGCCACGUUCGGGCUGGCGGCGAAGGCGAACGUCUCGCGGCGCCACCAUGCCACGAUCGUCCCAACGGAGCACAAAUGUAAACUAUGAAUUUUUGGAAUUUUAGCGAUAGGGCAAAUGCAAAUAGUAGGGCACACAGGAGAAAUCGAAAGCCUGUGUAAGAAACCAAGCAGAAAAUCACACUAAUAACACUCACACUCGAGGAGUGUACUUUACAUUCUGGCGUUUAGAGGUUAGGCAAAAUUAUGUAAGUGGUGUAGUGUAAGAGGAAGCAGCCGUGGAUUUGGAACAGGCACCGACAACCCCUCCGACAACUGUUUCUUGGCCACUGGUGCCAGCAGUGCAGUGGGGCGUGUCCACGUGCUUUCCAUCCACGCGGCUCUGCUAGUCCGUUAGUCUGAUGAUAGCAGGAGCACCCGAGCGCUCUCUAGCGUGUUUCUUUGGCAACUGGAUUUUUAGGCGCAACCAAAUUGUACCACUACCGCCGUAAUGUCCGCUGUACCGAAUUAAUUGGCUGUUUUCUUGUUUUUUGGCAUAACGUGUGCGUGAUCUUGUGUGUGCGUAUGUGUGUGUGUCUGUGUGCGCGUGUGUGCAUGCUUUGUAUGAAGAAGAAGAAGAAAAAAAAGAAUUAUAGAUUUGCUACUACGUUUUUGAAGGAAUUAAGUAAAUAAUUGAAACAAAAAAAAAUAACAGCAUUAUUGUGGAGGUUACCUUUAGGUUAGGAAGGGGUUUUGAGGAGGUUUUAUACUUUCUUCCCUUGCUCUGCUUGCUUUUCUCAGUGAAACGCAACGGGAUCAUUCCAACGGCAAACUCAAUCCAUUCCCGAUAAAAUAAGAAACAGAAUCAAUAUGCUUUCUGUCAUACCCUCAUACAACCAUUAAACCAGGCUAAAUGCAGCGAAAGCAUGCUGAUUUGUUUCCCACCUCCUCUGGGAAUGUACUGAGUUGAUCUCUGAAAGCGCACACUUAGUAGAAUUAUUUAACAGUAACGUUAGACACUAAUUUGUCUGAACUUCUGGCUUUGUGACGGUGGAAAGUGGAGUGUAUGCGCGGGAGUAAUAUUUUAAAUUAUUGAAUUUUAUCUUAAAAACCCAAAAAAAAAACAACAACUCUUACCAAUAAGCGCAUUCUAUUCGGAUUCACAACACAAUUGUACAGUGUAUCGAGAGCGGACAGUGGUGAAGACGCACCAUUGUGUCUAGUGGGGUGCCAUCAAGUGCAUACACGAAUUCCAUGUCUAUUUGAUGUAUAAAAGAAGAUGUUUCCCACCCCUAACAGUGUGGUGUUAUGCUCCUUUCCAUAACAUAACACUCCAUAACACUCCUUUCCAUUUCCCCAACGGUUAAAUGGCGGGAAAGGGGUUAGCAAAAUUCGCAUCCCUUCCGGAGGCUUUUGCGAGAAAACGCAAGCAUUUCGGUCCCGGUAUCACGUAUACACUCCUCCUUGCUUCAUUCCCAUCCCUCCGUGAUGUGACUGAGGCUUCAGUUUUCCCCGCGCGGCUCUUUGGGAGUAAUUUUGUGCGCCCUUUUCCCCCCAUCCUUAAAUCGAUAGGCCAUCGAAAGUGCAAUAGCGCGUGGACGACGACAACAACGGCAACGAACGGGCUGCCGACCUAGCACUUACUAUUGGAGUGUGACAAACAUAACUACUUACUAUAGAAAUUCACAACUAUGGUGGCCACGCUAUAGUAACCGGCUCCGUUGCCGUAUGAAGCGGACAUAUAAUGGGUAGGGUUGAGGUUGGCCAACUUCAGAGAUUCAUUCCACAAAUACAACACAAAACAACACAAAACAACACAAACACACAAACAGGCGGGCAUUAGGUUAGGAAAUGUUUCAUUCUCCUUCCGCAUGUUCGCUGGGCUUUGGUGCCGGCUAAUAGAAACGUUGAUGUGUGAAAGUUUGUAGCCGAUGCAAAUUAAAUUAAAAAAAAAAAA